AUGGAGUCACGAUUGGCAGCGUCGUCGGGCGCAGUCUCGUCGAAUCGCGCAUGCGAGAAAGCUGCGCUUGUCUCCUCGACCUCCCAGUCCUCGUCUGCCCCGUCCUCAUCUCCACGUGUCAUUCCGAAAUCUCGCAGUAGCGGGGCGCUCCUCGCCUCAUGCCCCAUCCCGUUUAAGGCAGGAGUUUCUCCCCUCGCUCCUCCUGCCGAAUCAUCCAUGACCGCCUCUUCGUCCCUGUCGGGUAACCAGACGGUUGCGACAGACCCUUUUUCGCGUCUGCCGGACGACGUGGUUAUCGAAAUUCUUUCGCAUCUGGGCGGCGGGGCGCCCGACGUGCUUGCAGCGUCGAUGACUUGUCGCCGAUGGCAGUCGUUCACUCGCUCGAUCCCCGUCUUGCGAUUCGUCCCCCACGACACGAGCCGGGCGGGCGGAAGCGACUGCGCCUCCACGCUCCCCGCUUGUUCCGCCAUCCAACGCGAGGAGCUUGUAUCGCGUAUGGUUCUAAAAUCUACCGGUCUGCAGCAGCUUCAAGUCACCUCCUCCCUCCUCCCACCGCCGACCGCUACUGCCUUCCCCGCACGCUCCGCCUCGUCCCCAUGCGACCAUGGCGGCGAUGGCGCGUGCAGCGGCAGCGCAGAGGCAACCCCGCAGCAGCAGCAGCAGCAACAGGAGCAGCACCAGCAGCACCCGCGCGAAUUCAUUUUCGAAGCAUGGAUGCGCCACGCCGGUCCGCAGCUGCAGUCCCUCGUGCUCUCCCGUUCUCUCAACGCCGCCGCGAACGGCGGCGGGUCUACGACGAUCAACGUGUGGGAGAACGAGGAUCUCAGCUUGCAUCUCGGGCAUAUUUCCCGUCACUGCAAGUCCCUUCGGUCACUCACUCUCGGGUCACUCUCACUCGCGGCGCCUGCGCUCGAGUCGUGUCUCCGCCCCAUGCCCAACUUGCAGGAUUUGUCGCUUUCCUGGAUCCACCUGACGAAUGAGUGCCUUCAGAUGAUUCUCGACGCGACUCCAAAUCUCCGCCGUUUGACGAUAUUUAUGGCGACGGGCUGCCCGCAAAUUUCGCUUCGCCUGCCCGCUUCGUUGGAGCACGUCGACUUUGCUUACCUGCGCGCCGAGUCGUGCGCCUUCAUCACCGCCUCCUCGCUCAGAUCCGUGUCCAUUCGCGACAUGUUCGUGCGCUCAGUUACCAUCCAACAAGCCCCUCGACUGCGCUAUUUCGCCAUCGCCAGCGCCAGCCUCCUGGAGGUCUCUGCACCUGAGUCGUGCGAGAUCACCACCCUCGAUUUGAAAGCCGGUUCCUUCUGCUGGUCCUCGCUACAAUCUCUCCUUCGCGGAUGCGGCACGGCUCUCAACUCGCUCGCUCUCGAUUUCUUCACCGCGGGAUCUGGAGCGCUGUCGUCGGGAGUAUUCUCCCUCUUCUGGCUCGCUGCCAUGUGCCCCGCACUUCGCGCCUUGAAUCUCGGCUCGCUGCCGUGGCAACUCGUCCUCUCCUGGGCGACGACCUCCGGCGCGCUUCAGCCGGCGGGAUCCGCGGUGGGAUCUGCGGCGCGUUGGCCGCAGCUGGAGGAGCUGAAGCUCAAGGUUCAGGAGCAGAGGCCCGAGGCGCUGCUGUUGCUGCAUGCGCUUCUGUCGAAUGUGCCGACACUGAAGUCGCUUCAAGUGGCGACUGCAGUGGAUGAGGAGGAGGAAGAAGAAGAGGAAGAGGAGGAGGAGGAGGAGGAGGAGGAGGAGGAGGAGGAGGAGGAGGAGGAGGAGGAGGAGGAGGAAGAAGACGAGGAAUUCGAGGAAUUCGAGGAGGAAGAUGAGUGUGAUGAUGAGUACGAGGAAGAGGAGGUCGAGGAGGAGUAUGAAGCAGAAUACGAAGAUGACGUGGACGAAGAUGAUUUGAUGGAAGUGGAGGAGGGCGCGGAGAGCUCUGACGAGUAUGACGACAAAGAUGAAAGCAUGCCGAAAUACGCCGUGCGCAACUCCGUCCGCAGCGGCAGCGCGCACCGACUGAGGUGGCGCAAGCUGACAGAGCUUCCCACUUGCGUCAACCAAACACUCUGCGGAUCGUAA